CGACGUUUGAGUUGGAUUUCGACAAGCCACAGUGUACAUGGUGGAAACUCGCGUCACCAUCGAGGUCCAUGAUGGGAGAGACCUUCCAGAUCCAUGCUCCUUGCGCGUUGCUCUGCUUGACGAAGCUAUGGCUCGCCAUCAAGCACUACCGUACCCCCCCAAUGCACAGGGUGGAGACUGCAAGAUCAAUGUUACGUUGACCCCAUCUAACUUUGACAAGAAGCAUACAUUUCACUUUAUUUGGACAAACACGUCCACGCCAAUCUUGUCUGUGGAGCUAUGGGACUGCUCCAAGUCGUACGAUGAGUUUGUGUGCGUGGCGCAGCGAUCGUGUGAAUCUGCCCUGCCGCCAACGUGGUGGGAGCUGCCGCGGCGGCAUCACAUGCAGCCAGCGCUUUUCAUCUCCAUCGCGAUCGAGUCGGCUACAGACGACUUGGCAUCGUCAGCGGUAGAUCCCUCCCCUGCUAGCGACUUUACCUUCCACGUGCCUUGCGCCCGCAUCAAUUGGCGAUCCCUGCAUGAAAUCAAUAUUGGUGCCAUUGUUCACAAGAAACAAUUCGAUGCUUUGGAGCACGUGAUGGACCUUACGUUAUUUGGAGAUGCCAACACCGAUGAUGGAAAUAGCCUAACGUCUGCGCUCGUCUUGCUCCAGUUUGCCUGCCAAUAUGCAGAAUACUGCCGAAACGAGCUGUCUCAGCGUGCCACGUCCUUGCAACUUGCAUUAGAAGCGCAUGUCGCCACCAAGCACGCCAUUCAGAAACGUCGUCGGCACCUGGCAGAGAAGCAGCAUCUCUAUCAAAGACAAAUCAGCGCACUAGACGACCGGAUAGUAUCUCUUAAAGCCAUCUUACACAACGACGAGGCGCCGCAGGAUACAAGUUGCCCCCACGCCUAA